AUGACCGAGGCAAGCGACGCCCCCUCGGCCGCCCUCGCCACCGUCGUCUACGUCGCCAGGGCCCUCUGGUCCGUCCCUUGGCGACGGUACCUCGUCCGCGUCGGCCGCCUCGUCGCGCUGCCGCUGUCGCUCGUCACGGUGCCGCUGUCCUACGUCGCCGAGGCGCUGCUCGUCAUCUUUGCGCCGCUCAUCCACCUGGCCGCCUUUGCGUUUGCCUCCGCCCAGAGCGCGCUGGCCCUCUUGGCUAGCCUCAAGCCUUUAUAUAGCUUUAUCGCGGCCGCGGCAGGCAUUGGCAUCGUUGCGGGCAUCGUCCUCGGCGCCACGUCCUCGGUCAUCACGUCCUACCUCGGGAUGCAGGACAGCGACGAGGACUUUUACGAGCGCGAGCGCGACUACCUCGACUACUACGACGACGAAGAAGACGAGGAGGACGAAAAGAGCUACCGGUACGGCCGUGAUCCCUACGGUCUCGACGCGGCGUCAUACCAAAAACACUUGCGUGGCAGCGACUCCGACACUGGGCCCAAGCGGCGCGUGGCCCGCGGCUUGCUGUCGCAAACCAUUCACGAAGAAGACGACUCUUCUGGCGGCUAA